UAUAAAUGACGUAUAAGACGGCCAGUAGUCAGUCACUUCCUGUUUACGUUUCCACAAAUGACGUCACACGGAUAACAUUCAACAAACAGUUUCAAAACCGAAACAGCGCAUAACUUGAGCAACAACUCUUCAAUAUUCUUGUGACGGCUAGAUUAAAAUAUCGUCUAGUGUACCUACAUACUGGAACAUCGUGGAGACUGAACGACCUACGUUUUUAACUGUUCUGCUCAUAUUUGAGGACCCGAAGCAAGCUAGCCGGUGCUGCUAAGUGAAGCUAACGUUAAGUAGGUAGCUGGGAGCUAGCUAGCCAGUUAGCAACAUUAACUCAACAGGACUUCAUCUUUAACCAGAGUGCUCAACGUCUGUUGGUAUGGAGAAUAAAUAUAACCUCAAGAGUCCAGCGGUAAAGAGGCUGAUGAAAGAGGCUGCUGAACUGAGGGAUCCCACAGAGCACUACCACGCCCAGCCACUGGAGGAUAACCUCUUUGAAUGGCACUUCUCCGUACGUGGGCCCCCAGAUUCCGAUUUCGACGGCGGGGUUUACCACGGCAGGAUCGUGCUUCCCCCAGAGUACCCAAUGAAGCCCCCUAGCAUCAUCCUCCUCACGCCGAAUGGAAGAUUUGAAGUUGGAAAGAAAAUUUGUUUGAGCAUCUCUGGCCACCAUCCGGAGACCUGGCAGCCCUCUUGGAGCAUCCGAACCGCCCUAAUAGCUAUAAUCGGAUUCAUGCCAACAAAAGGAGAGGGGGCGAUAGGAUCUCUUGAUUAUACUCCAGAAGAGAGGAAGGCCCUUGCCAAAAAGUCCCAGGACUUCUGCUGUGAGGCGUGUGGCUGCUCCAUGCGAUCUGCCCUCCUGGCUCUGACCCCCAACAGCAACCCCAGCGCAGAGGACCACAAGGCUAAAGAGCUGGCCCAGCAAAUCAACUUCAAGGAAGAGUCCAGUUUAUCUAGACCGGCAAGUGAGAGCGGAGGUGCAGAAAGCGAGCCUUCCACACUCACCCAGGAAGACGCCUCCACGUCUGCAGGCCAGGAAGCUUCUGAAGAGCCCCGGGCUGAGCAGGCAGAGGCGUCUCCAGCCACAGGAACAGUCGGGCCCCAGGCCCCCGCGGCCCCCGUCGUCGGCCGCCCGCUCAGCCCCCGGCAGCGUCGUGCCCAGCAGCACAGCCAGCAGGGCCAGAGAGACGGCAGAGAACCGGCCAGCAGGCCGGUCUUUGCCCCGACUCCUCGCCAACCUCAGGAUGAAAGCCGCGCGGGCUCGGUAGCCCUCAUCGUGGUGCUCACUCUGGCCCUGGCCGCACUCAUCUUCCGCAGGAUCUACCUGGCUCACGAGUACAAGUUUGACUACGAGCUGUGACCACACACUUGGCCGUCCCUCCUCACGCUCAAGUCACCUUCCCCCACCCCCCACACCCUGCUACCACCCUAACAGAACUAUGGCCAGCCGAAGUGGAACCAGAGCCGAGGCUGACACUGACUUCCUGCGCUCCCUGUUUGUCAGCAGAGGGUUCUGUCUCCGCUG